AUGCCGCCGCGCCGCCGAGGAGCGUCGGGCUACCGCGGCGUCCGCCAGUGCCCCAAUGGCUGGUACCCCGCCGAGAUUCGGUCCGGCGACGUCCGGCUCGGCCUCGGUACGUUCCGGACCUCGCAUGAGGCCGCACGCGCCUACGACGCGGCGGCGUGGCGCCUGGACAGGCCGCGCCAGCAGAUGAACUUCCAGGAUGCCCAAACGCGCCAGCAGGCGCAGGACGUCGCCCCUCCGCCUCGUCUUAUCACAGACCAGGACCGUGCUGAGCACGCUCGGCGGCAGCGCCGCCUCCUCGUCGCCGAGGAGGACGAGCGGGCCAUGGCGGAGUGGCGCCGGCGCCACCGGAGGACAUCGCCAACGAGGAAGCCUUCUGGGCAAGGCGCCGCGCAGAGCGGUUGGACAGGCGUCGGCGGAAGGCCCUAG